AUGAAGGUCUCGUCUUUAUUCACUACCGCCACAUUGGUGUCAAUUAUUUCAGCUGCUCCUACUGUCACCGCUCCACCCGACACUGCGGCCACCGACGGUGCCAAUUGGGCUACGUACCCUUCCGUGCCCAAGACCGCAUCUAUCAACGGGUUCGCUGAUAGAAUUUAUGAUCAGUUGCCUGCAUGUGCUCAGCCUUGUGUUCGUGCAGAUACGAGAUCAACACCAUGUCCUUACUGGGACACUGGUUGCUUAUGUGUCAUGCCUCAAUUUGCUGGUCCUAUUGGUAAAUGUAUUGCUUCAGCUUGUAAAGGAAAUGAUGUGCGUACUGCCACUUCCUUGGCCACAUCAAUCUGUUCGAGUGCCGGAGUCUGGGACCCAUAUUGGAUGAUUCCACCCACUGUCUCCCAAAGCUUGGCAUCAGCAGCUACUGCUGCUUAA